AUGGCUGAAUCUGUUGCGAGUCAGUCCAAUAAAGAAGUAAUGUCUAAUGAUAAUAGUGUAAAAGAAUUUUUAUAUCAUGAAAACAAUUGUAAAGCUUACAAAGAUAGCGAUGAAGAAAUUAAAAUGAUAUUCAGUGAGAUCAAAAAGCUCUCUGAUUGCAAAAAUAAAGAUACUGAAAUAGGUGAAGAUGUUGAAGACGUGGAACUAAUUUUAAAAAGAGCAGAAGAUAUUGCUCAUGAGACUGAAACUUUACUAAAAAGUAGCCCCAUCGCAGCUGUUACGAAAAGUGUUCGGCCUAGUUUCAUUGAUUCAGGGAAUAUUCCACAAAUAAAAGUUACUCAGGCUAAUGAUAAUAUAACCAAUAGUGAUUAUAAUACUCAGGUUUCAGGAAAGGUAAGU